AUGGCUGAAACACCUAAGAAAUCCAAACAAUCCCUUAAUCAGACAAAGCAUUUCCCUUCCCCGAACACCAUUUCAGUCCCAGCGACUCCACAAGCACAGAACCCCACCCCUCUCCGCCGUUCAUCCCGCCGACUCGCCACCCCUUCCACGGACACUGUUUCCCCUAAACUUCCACUUGGGCGUCCGGCUUCCUCAGUCAGAUCUGGACGCAAAUCCCUGAAUUUUACCAACUCCCCACAAAAAUCAGCUCGCAAAGAUCCCCAAAAUGCCACUGAGCCAAUAUCACCGAUUUCACCGGAUCGAGUCGAAACGCGGCGUAAAAGAAAAAUUAGUGAGCAGAAAGUUAUGGGUAAAGGGAAAGAGAAAGCCUUAAAGGGUGGCAAGAAAAGAGUGUAUUACAGAAAAGUUGCUUAUGAUGGGGGUGAGUUUUCGAUUGGGGAUGAUGUUUAUGUAAAGAGGAGAGAGGAUGCCGAAUCAGAUAACGAGGACCCUGAAGUGGAGGAAUGUAUGGUUUGCUUCAAAGCUGGGACGGCUCUGAUGCUUGAAUGUGACGAUUGCUUAGGAGGGUUCCAUUUGAAGUGUUUGAAGCCUCCUUUGAAGGAGGUUCCAGAAGGGGAUUGGAUUUGUGGGUUCUGUGAGGCAAAAAAGAUGGGGAAAAAUGUCCAAUUGCCUGUUCCACCUCCUGGAAAGAAGAGAGCUAGGACGGCAAAAGAGAAGCUGCUUUCAAGUGAUUUGUGGGCUGCCCGUAUCGAGAGUUUAUGGAAAGAAGUGGAUGGCACAUACUGGUUUCGAGCCCAUUGGUAUGUUAUCCCCGAGGAAACAGCUACGGGAAGACAGCCUCACAAUUUGAAGAGGGAGCUAUAUAGAACUAAUGAUUUUGCUGAUGUUGAGAUGGAGUCUAUCAUUAGACAUUGUUAUGUCAUGACCCCUAACGAAUUUUCGAAAGCUAAUAAUGAAGGAGAUGACGUGUUUCUCUGUGAAUAUGAAUAUGACAUCCUUUGGCACAGUUUCAAGCGCUUGGCAGAAAUAUCAAAUACUGAACAGGAUGAUGAAGAAGCUGACAGUGACAAGGACUGGAAUAAUGGUGAAUGUAAUGGUUCCGUCUCAGAAGAAGAUGACAUAGAAUAUGAAGAGGAGAAGAGAAAAAGACCACUCACUGGAUCUUCAGUUGGUCAUUUGUUAGCUGCUAACUCACGGAAAGGGCAAUUCCUUGGACUCCAAAAGAUUGGGGCUAAGAAAAUACCAGAACAUAGAAGAUGUCAUAAACAGACUGAUCUUGAAAAGGCCAAAUCUAUGCUUUUGUUAGCAUCUUUACCUAAGUCUCCUCCCUGUAGAAACAAAGAAAUGGAAGAGAUAGCUGCAUUUAUCAAAGGAGCCAUAGGUGAUGAUCAGUGCCUUGGUAGAUGUCUUUAUAUUCAUGGUGUUCCUGGAACUGGAAAAACCAUGAGCGUACUUGCAGUAAUAAGGAACCUAAGAAAUGAAGUUGACACAGGGAGUCUCAAGCCUUAUUGCUUUGUGGAGAUCAAUGGCCUUAAGCUAGCGUCACCAGAAAAUAUUUAUAAAGUUAUUUAUGAAGGUUUAACUGGGCAUAGAGUUAGUUGGAAGAAGGCUCUUCAAUUCUUGAAUGAGCGGUUUUCGAAUGGGAAAAAGUGUGGAAUGAAGGAUAAGCCUUGCAUAUUACUUAUAGAUGAAAUUGAUCUUUUAGUGACCAGAAAUCAAUCGGUUCUCUACAACAUUCUUGAUUGGCCAACAAAACCACAUUCGAACUUGAUUGUAAUAGGGAUAGCAAAUACCAUGGACCUUCCAGAAAAGUUGCUUCCUCGCAUCUCUAGUCGUAUGGGCAUACAAAGGCUUUGCUUUGGGCCCUAUAACUAUCAGCAGCUUCAAGAAAUCAUACAUAGUCGAACCAAAGGGAUUGAUGCUUUUGAAAAGUCAGCAAUUGAAUUUGCAUCUAGAAAGGUUGCUGCUGUUUCUGGAGAUGCUCGGCGCGUGCUGGAGAUAUGCAGACAAGCUGCAGAACUGGCAGAUUAUCACUCCAAAAGAUUAGAGUCAGUUACUGAAGGAGCAGCUACAGGAAAAUAUCUAGUAGGCGUGACACAUAUUGAAGCAGCUAUAAAGGAAAUGUUCCAGGCUCCUCAUAUUCAAAUGAUGAAAAGUUGUUCAAGGCUGAGUAAGAUAUUCUUGGCAGCAAUGGUACAUGAGCUAUACAAAACUGGAAUGGGUGAAACCACCUUUGAAAAGUUGGCAACAGCUGUUUCUUGCCUCUGCACUAGCAAUGGAGAAGCAUUUCCAGGAUGGGACACACUCCUGCGAGUUGGAUGUAAGCUUGGUGAAUGUAGAAUUAUAUUAUGCGAAGCUGGAGGAAAACACAAACUCCAAAAGUUGCAGCUCAACUUUCCAAGUGAUGAUGUGACUUUCGCACUUAAAGACAGCAAAGAACUACCAUGGUUGGCGAAGUACUUGUGA